AUGUUUUCCCGACAUUCUUUGAGAAUCAUCCCAGAAAAUAACCAGCACGCACAGGUCGACUCCGUGCGCUUCGGUGACGCCGCGCCGUCUGCGCCAGCGUUGCAAGAUAUCCUUAGGGCCGAACAGGGCCCAUUGUCCAUUGCAUCCCAGCUCAACAAUAGACACCCUUUGGAGGCGAGAAUCGCCAAUUGGGAAAAGACCCAGCACGACGCCAAGUUGGAGCAGUAUAGACGGAUUUUCGGUGCCGGUGAGCCGAUAAAGCGCACCAUGGAGUUGCAAAUCGUUGAAAACACAGACUUCAAGCCGCAGUUAUUGGGUGGCUCCUCCAAUCUCCACAGGGAUAUCCUCUUGGGCAAAGACACCUCCAUCGACUGGGAGGACGUCUACACCGGGAGCGAGUUCAGCAACAUUGGGGGGUUCCACACCGAGAUGGAGAGAAAGGUGGGUAUCUAAGUAUAAUACACGGAUUUGACGAGGAAGGUGUAAGCAGGAUGGAGAACAGAUUUGGAUACCAGAUCUGUAUUGAUAUAGACUGACUCUGUAGAAACAAUCCUGGUAUGCUCAUCAGUUACACUUGUUUUGGUUUAGCUUAUGAGGACAUUGGGAGAAGUUAAAAGUCUGAAUUAUGCGACUAACUUAUGUGAAAACUAAUUGGGUCAAUAAACUCCGUGUUGCUGAACCUCGCGGUGAAAAGAACCUUCGCCAGGUG